AACUCUGAAGCCUCCCUUUUUAUUUUAUUUUCUUGCUGCAGCCUUUCCUUUCUAUCCACCCAUCCUCUUGUGCGCUGCGUUGCGUCUCUCUACUCCCUGGCACAAGACCGCCGCCGCUGCGUUCGUCGACCGUGCUAGCGGGCCACAAAACCAACGUCAUAACCUUUCCGGCGCCGGGUGCUCGCGUGAGACACGCAUUUACCACACGCGCCAGCUGAAACUCGACGCCAACCGCGCCUCGGGACAGAAACAGCCAGAGUCACGGCCUGAGUCCGUCCGCACGCAACGAGGAAGGGGCUCGGUUGUGUAGCAACGGCCAAGCAAGGUAGCCUGCCUGCCUGCCUCUGCCCGCCAGCCUGCGCCCACGCACGCACGCUCACGCCCACCACGAGGGAUUGAUUGCUGCCGUCGCUGUCAGCCGGAUCCCUCGCCCCCCUCCUUCUCUCUCCCUGGCCCAGGGAUCAUCCUCCUCGGCCUUGUGAGUAAAGCCACAGUAAGUGAGUGCGCACGCAUGUCGUAAGACACUUGGCUUGAUUGUCGUCUGUUGUUCAUGUCACCCUGGUCCCGUCUUCCUUCAUGCUGCUGCUGCUGCUGCUGCUGCAAGUUCUGCAGUGCACGGCAAGGCAAGGCAAGAAGUGCUUGUUGACCGCCUGCCCUGCCUUGAUUUUCGACGGCCCAACCCAACCAACUUCUCUAGACGAUUCGGCGCCGUUUUGUCGUUUUGGGCGUCCGUGCCACGACGCAUCCGCCAAGUUAGUUGCGGCCCUGGCCUUGGUUUUCUGUCCCAUCCUCCGCUCCCGUCUCUGGAUGCGGACUCGGCCGUGACCAGGGCGGCCCUCGCUCAACAAUCCCUCGUCUCGUCGAAUUGGCAUUGAUCCCUGCCUGCCGUGCCCUCGUCAUUGUGUUAUUUCCUGCUGCACCUACAAAGUGCCUGCCUGCCUGCCUGCCUGCCUAUACGAGCCUCUUGUCAUCCCGAUUCGCCGCGUUGCCCUCGCGUGUGCGUUGCUUUUGCCUGUUCAACUGCACUGCACUGCCCUGCACGCUGGUUGCUCACAGCGACGACGGCGAACGAAUUUCUUUUUGAUUCCGCAGCGAGCUGCUGCGCGACCGCUACUUGUUUUCUACUGCUGUUGUUGCCGCCACCGCCUCCGCGUCGUGCUCGCGCGUUGGGACUGACUGCCGGCUCCGGGUACGUGCCUGGCGGAACGGCAAUCCAUUCAACCGUCCUGCAUCGCUGGUCCUUCAUGCGAUCGUGACGCUUGGACAUGCGUCAGUUGCGCGCAGCAGCAGCACCACCCCUGCUUCACCCGCCUCACCCGCCUCACCCUGCCCUGGCGACGAUAGGUCACAAAGCAACUGUCGUUCGGCGGCUUGAGCCUCUGCUCGUUGUCACUUCCCUUUCACACUCGCCCUCGCGAGGCUCUUCUGGCCCUUGUCUCCGUCUGCCCAACACCACCGUCCAUGUCCAGCACCACAGUCGUCGUCCUUGACCCUCUCAUUCACUGCUGGUCACGAACAAAGCAUACAUACCUAGCAUUGGAGAGCAAGCCAGUUGACCGCGCACAAUGCCAGCGUCGAGCCGACAAGACCGCCUGCAAAACGGCUCGUGGGCCAUCACCAACACAGGCAACAUCUUCUACCGCACCGAUAACAGGCAGGCUCGGCACGCCUUGUCCUCAUCACCACCUGCGCGCUUCCCAGCGCCAUUGAUCGGCCCCCGACGCUCGCGGCCGCACGCAAUCCACAUCGUCACCUACCCGCCGGGCUACGUGCCGCGAGAACUGCGCCCCCGGCCCAAGAAGAGCAAGACGCAGUCGCUCAAUCACCGAGCUGCCAAGCUGCGUCGAAGCAUCAUCGCCGCGGCCACUGCCACCACCACCACCACCACCACCACCACAGCGACGAGCCCGCCCGCCGUGACAGGCGCCGCCGCUAACGGUAGCAGCAACGCUAGCGCCGCGACGCCCGCUGCAACAGCAACUGCCGCCAGAGACCAGUCGUCACCUCACGUCGCCCCGGCGCCGCCGCGACGCCCCAGUCUGGGCAAGCUGCUCUCGAGCUUUUCAUUGAAGCGUACCACGACUGGCCCCAUCGUCACUCGUCCGCUCUCCACGCCGCUCGAGACGCCGCGGAUUCGAUCCGUCGCCGGCCUCGCCCCUGCAACAGAAGCAGAACCACCACCGACGACGACGACGACGACGACAACUACUACCCCUACUGCGGUUCCUGCGACGGCGACUCCAACUUCGACUCCGACGCCAACUGCAGCAAGGAUCGCGCCCCCCGCGUAUGACGUCCGUCCAGAUCCGGCGACGGGCUUCAGCAACCACCAAUCGCACCACGCCCAGACGCGAAUAAUCCCCCAAAGCCACCACCAGCCCCAUCAGCCCAGCGUCGACUCCACCUCGUCCACAUCGACCGCCGCCUCCCGCACGGCCACGACAUCCAUCCCCGCUGACGCAACCAUGGCCGCCGCAACGGCCAGAGGCGGUCCCGUCCGUCCCUCGCCCUACCAGCUCGCCAGCAAUCGCAACAGCAUCAUGUCGGUGCGCUCCGCCAAGUCGGCCGUCUCGUCGCUCGUCACCGAGGUCCCCAAGCCGGUGGCCUCGGGCAGCGGCGUCUCAUGCUCCAUCCUGCUCGCCGAGCCCAACAUCUUCCUCUCCGGCUUCGACCACCACGACAGCCACGCUCAGCGGGAGAUGCAGACGGGCACCGCCCUGCUCCGCGGCAAACUACAGAUUAACGUGACAAAAAAUGUCAAGAUCAAGGCCGUCCAGCUCAAGCUCAUCGGGCGCGCUCGCACCGAGUGGCCCGAGGGCAUCCCCCCGCUGAAGCAGGAAAUUUUUGAGGAGGAGAGCCUGCGGACCCAGGUUCUCACCUUUUUCAACGCCAUGAAUGGCGGCUGGGAGACCGAGUACGGCAACCAGUGCACCUAUCAGCUCAAGUCGGGGUCUGCCAAUUCGAGCACCGUCAACCUCGCCGCCCCGUCGAGACCCGUCAGCCUCAUGCCGUCUUCCUCGUCGCAACGCAGCGGGCUCACUGCCAAGGAGCUUAAGAGGCUCUCUCUCCAGAGCGUCCAGUCGCGCAGCUUCGGCAAGGGCGACAAUGGCGUCGCGUCCCCGACCCAGGCCAAAGGCUUCAAGGUCUUCUAUCCUGGGACCUACGACUACUCCUUCGAGCUGCCCAUCGACCACCACCAAUUGGAGACGACGAAAUUGCAAUAUGGCUCGGUGAGGUGGGAGCUGCACGCUACGGUCGACCGUGCCGGCGCUUUCAAGCCCAACCUCCACGGAAUGAAGGAGGUAUCAAUAGUGCGAUUGCCCGACUCCAUGUCCUUGGAGACGACCGAGCCCAUUUCCAUCAGCAGGCAAUGGGAGGACCAGCUGCACUACGACAUCAUCAUUUCUGGCAAGAGCUUUCCCAUUGGCUCCAAGAUACCCAUCGCCUUUAAGCUCACGCCGCUCGCCAAGGUGCAAGUUCACAAGAUCAAGGUCUUUGCGACGGAAUCCAUCGAAUACUGGACCAACGACCGGCGCGUUACGAGGAAAGACCCGGGUCGCAAGAUCUUGCUGCUGGAAAAGGUUGCCGGCAAACCCUUGGAUUCGUCGUGGGCCUCGUCGAACGUGACCACAAUCCGCGGCGGCGAACCCAGCGCGGCUGAGCGUCGCGAGGCGCGGGAGAUGGCACAACGGAGGCGGGCCUCGGAAGCGGCUCGAGCGCACAGGCACCCUCAACCACUGCCCGAACCGACUGCAAACCUUCUAGGCGACCUCGACCUGGGCCUCGAGAGCAUGUGGGGUUCGACCGAGAUCGAAGCCAACGUUCAGAUACCAACGUGCGAAAUGAUGGCCAAGAAUAAGGACUUGCGGUUGCAUCCGGAUUGCAGCUGGAAGAAUGUUAAUGUGUAUCACUGGAUCAAGAUCGUCAUGCGAAUCAGUCGAUUGGACCCCGAGGACCCCUCGGGCACCAAACGACGGCACUUUGAAAUCAGCAUCGAUUCUCCGUUUACUGUGCUCAACUGCCGCGCGACGCAGGCAAACACGAACCUGCCGGCAUACGCGGGUCCGACCAGCCACCCCUCACCGUUCCAGUCGGCGUGUGGCUGCCCGGACGCUCCGUCGAUUGCUACGGACAUUUCACCCAGCUCGUCGACGGGCACGCUCUCUGCAGGCCCUGAUUCAGCAGACGUGCUGCCUGCACCCCCGCAGGCGGCGCAUCUGUCCGGCUCGGGCCCCGCCGAUUCGAGCCCAACGCGGGCGUCGGCGCCUGGGGGCGGCAUACAGUCGGAGCCUCGUCCGAUCCACCUCAUGCGGCAUCCGAGCUUCAACCCACCAGCCUUUGAGGACGACGUCGCGCCGCCGGCCAUUGUGGUGGAGGCGCCCGCCGCUACUCCGCCACCGCAGUACGACGUGGUGGUGGGAACGCCCAGCGUAGAUGGGCUAGCGGAUUAUUUCUCGCGGCUGGCUGACUAUGGGUACCACGAUGACGACGAUGACUCAGGCUCCGACUCGGACGAGUCGCCGGCGAGGAUACUAGAGCGUUCGGGACGCGUCAACGUGUCGCAUCCUCGGACGCCAGGCGGGCGCAUGCCCAGCAGAAGCAUGGAAAUUCGGCGCCCGACGGUCGAGCUCAAUCUCAGCGAUUUACCAGGAGCACGGAAUCAGGCAGGAGUCCGUAACGCAGCGGUGUAGAGCACCGCUGCUGCCGGCUACGAGAAGAUGUCCCAACAGCGACGCCCUGGUGGGGCCGUUGCUGCUGGGGGGCCAUGAGGCGAGAGAUGUGAUGUGCACAUGAAGCAUAAGGCACGCGAGGCGUUUUUGCAUUUGCAUACUAUUGUAUAUGCGUGGAGUACAAGUGUUGGAAAAUGGUGGCGUUGAGGCUUCGGGUUGGGGGGAUAGGGCACUCUGUCCUGUGGGAGGACGGAAACGAAGAGGCGGGUGGGAGCAUGGAGCAUUGGGGCCAGUGUAGCCAUGUGCGCCGUGGUCGGUACAAACUGUAAAUCACAUGAUGAAGAUUCGUGGCCUUCAGUCAGCUUUGGUUGCAAUUCUCUCAAUGUGUUUGUGGGACGCCUUGAAAGACUAGAGUUGCGGUUGGGAGAGUCCCGAAGCGGUUUCGAAUUGCGCGUGCGUUCUAUCUAUCCGUCCGUCCACCAAUCCAUCCAUCUAUCCUCAAAUGGGGGCAAAAAAGGCGAGGCGAGGGGGAAAGGCAUCAGUAAAUAAGAAGUUGUUGGAGUGGAGAGCGGCGAGGAGAUGGAUGCCUUGCAUUGCGGCGGCGGCGCCGUGAUCCGGCUGGCCCAGAGAAGGGGCUGGUUAAGGUAGGUACACAGGAGCAAGCGACGUCCAUGCAUGACACGCUCUCUCUCUUUGGGUAC